UAAUGUAUGUUAUCCGUAAUCUGUGGUCUGUGGUAUUAUCACUUGUUCCUUCAUAAACUACGUCAGAAUUUAUUUUCAAUUGGAAUUUUGCAAUGGAUAUACCCGAAUAUAUAUUGAAUUCUAAAAACUCAUUGGUGGUUUGUCCUGAAGACGAAUUUCAGCUUGUACAAGAAUCGAUCAAAAAACCCUCGAUUCCAAUUAAAACACAAGAACAUCUUGUUGAUAUAUCUCCUGAAUCAAUAGAAUCAGUAUUCGUGUAUUAUCCAAAAAAGGCUCUGACGAAUAAUCUUGUCUCUGAAUUAGUAAAUAUCAGUAAACCCGGUUCCAAAUUGUUUAUACAGAGCGAUCCUGCUGAACUAGAAUUUCUUUUAAAAGUAAAUGGCUUUGUAAAUUUGGAUAAAGAAAAUGUUUACAUAACAUGUGAAAAACCAACCUAUCAAUUAGGAUCCACUGCAAAAAUUAGUAAUAAAAAUGUUGCUUCUGUUUGGAAAAUUGAUGAUGAUAAUGAAGAUGAAUUGAUAGAUUCUGAUGAACUUUUGGAUGAACAUGAUUUGGAACGACCUGCCCCAAAUACAUUGAAAGUGUGUGGAACUACUGGCAAAAGAAAAGCUUGUAAAGAUUGUUCUUGUGGGCUGGCUGAAGAAUUAGCGUCUGAAGUGAAACCAGGAAAUGUGGUAGAUACUACAGCUUUACCCAAAUCAUCUUGUGGAAGUUGCUACUUAGGAGAUGCUUUCAGAUGUGCUUCAUGUCCUUACUUGGGAAUGCCUGCUUUUAAACCAGGAGAAAAAAUACAACUUACAGAUAACCAAUUAAUAUCAGAUUUAUAAAUGAAUGCGAGAUUUUAAAUAAAUAAUACUUCUAUGGAA